AAUGUCCCGUUCUCUCUGUUUCGCCGGGAAAUCUCAGAGAACAGUAGAACGAUUGGAGGACAGAAUGUAGAUGAAAGUAAAUAAGAACGUUUAGUGUUUAGUUGCUCUCCCUUCAAUGACGGCUGAGGCACUAAUUCCUCUGCUUGAGUGCGAUAUGGAAGCUGCGAAUGAAAAUUGUUCAGCCUCCCCAGGCGAUGAAAUGAAUAAACAGGACAUUCCGAAAAUCCAAUCUUCAAAGGAUAAGAUUCCUGGAGGCGAGCUUUGGAAUGAUGGACUCAUCUGUGCUUUUGAAUUUGUCUCCGUGCCUCGAAGAAGUAAAUUAGCAGAAGAAGUUCAAGAGGUCGCGAAAAAGAGAGUCUCACAUGGCGAUCAAACUAAUUGCUUAUUAAGAACAAAAGAUACAGGAAACUGCUCGAAUGAUUCUUCUUUAAUAGUUGAAUCUGGAGUUAAUAAGAGUCAGUCACAUAAUCUCCAUGGCAACAGAGAAAGGCUUCCAAGGAGCUACUGGAGACCAAUUGGAUGGGCAAGAAUUUCUGAGCUUAUACAGACCGUUCAGGUUGAAACUGAGUGGGCCUCAUCAGAAUCGCGUGGUUUCUCAGAUGAAGAAACUGAUGUCACUGCCGCAGAUGUUGCAGCCCCUUGCUGGGAACGGCCGGUGGGUCCGACUUGGUGGUGUCAUGUGGAUGCAGGCCAUCCAUUUAUUAGAGCAUGGUUGAGCAGUGCUCAGUGGCUCCAUCCUGCUAUUAGCAUUGCUUUGCGCGAAGAAAAUAAACUAAUCAGUGAACGAAUGAGAUACCUUCUAUACGAGGUUCCCGUUCGGGUUGCCGGUGGACUGCUAUUUGAGCUUCUUGGGCAAUCUGCGGGUGAUCCUUUUGUUGAAGAAGAUGACAUCCCCAUUGUUUUAAGAGCAUGGCAAGCACAAAACUUUUUGGUGACAGCAUUGCAUGUUAAAGGUGUUACAUCCAACGUCAACGUAUUAGGCAUUAUAGAGGUUGAGGAAUUGCUUGCUGCUGGAGGGACUAAUAUCCCACAUUGCAUUCACGAGGUUGUAGCACACCUAACAAGUCAUCUGGCUCGAUGGGAUGAUAGGUUGUUCCGUAAACACGUAUUUGGGGCUGCAGAUGAAAUCGAAUUGAUGUUUAUGAACAGGAGGAACCAUGAGGAUUUACAUCUUUUCAGUAUAAUAUUGAACCAAGAAAUCAGAAGGUUAUCGGCCCAGGCUAUAAGAGUGAAGUGGUCACUCCAUGCACGAGAGGAAAUUGUUUUUGAACUUAUUCAACAAUUGAGAGGAAGUGAAGCAAGGACCUUGCUAGAAGGAGUACGAAAAAGUACUCGAGAAAUGUUAGAAGAACAAGAGGCAGUUCGUACUCGCUUAUUUACAAUUCAAGAUGUCAUGCAAAGCACAGUCCGUUCGUGGUUACAGGAUAGAAGCCUGACAGUGACUCACAAUUUAGGAGUCUUUGGUGGCGGGGGUCUUGUACUCUCCAUCAUAACUGGCCUGUUUGGUAUAAAUGUAGACGGAAUACCUGGAGCUGCUGAUGCUCCCUAUGCAUUUGCUCUAUUCUCUGGCCUCCUCGUUUUGUUAGGAGCUCUACUCGUUGGAAUUGGAUUGCUUUAUCUUGGGCUGAAGAAACCCAUUGUGGAAGAAAAUGUUGCAAUCAGAAAAUUGGAACUUCAAGAGCUGGUCAAGAUGUUUCAACAUGAAGCAGAAUCUCAUGCACAAGUGCGAAAAACUGUACCCCAGAAAGAUUUUCCUCGGACUGCAGCACGUAAGAAGCCACCAAAUUGUGCGCCCCAUCAUUUCCUUGUCUAGAAGACCCAGAUAAUUGGCAUGAUGAUUUAAGGCCAGGGGGUAAGUUUAACCGUUUCCUGGGGCCGAAAACGCUGCCACAUAUAAAGCCCAGUAAAGCCGCGAAGGGUAAGUUUCCACUUUCAAACGGUUAUGCGUAGCUCUCUCCCAUCACGUGAAACACCACACCGCCAUAACUCUUGACUCUCAGCUCAAAAAAUAUCAAAACCCUCAACCCACCAUUCUUCUCUUUUCUCUGGAUUGACUUUUAGUUGUCAACGUCAUAUCAAC